AUGGAAGCUGAAAUCAAGUCCUUCCUGCCCGGUAUUGACCCCGUGAUCUCGGAAUACUCAGUGGGUUACCUCACCCAUGCAUCAAAUGCCUAUGUCCCCGAAUCAGAGUCAACAGGACCAUCUCCAUUAGAAGAGGCCGCUGCUUCCAUCACUGCUCUCCUAGUCUCUGCAUCAGGAGACCCGUCGCCAGAAAAUGAAGCCAAGAUUGCGCAACUGGUGGACAAAUGGGUGCAAAAGUUCAGCGCCUUCGCAGCAGAUGGACAACGAAUGCAGGUGUCUUCCGCAGCCAAACGAUUAGAUCAAGCCAUUCAAGUGGGAACUCAACGGAACAUGUCAUCUACGUUGGGAGUGUCUACUGGAGGUGUGGAUUUGGAGUCGAACAAUACCAGGAAGAUAGAGUCUAAAGUUGACCGAAAGAAGCUUGAAAAAGCCGAAAAGAAGAUUGCCGCCAAGCAGAGCAAGAAGACUUUCAAGGCUGUUGAGUAUGAGGCUUCUAGGUUAUUGAACCAACCAGAAGAUGCCCAGUCUUAUGAGGAGUUCUUCAUGGCUGUUAACCCUCUGCAACUUGGGUCAAAUGCCCUGGGUCAAGCGAAGAGCAAGGAUAUCAAGCUGGAUGGAAUCGAUGUGACUAUUGGUGGCUUGAGGAUCCUGACAGAUACCAAUUUGACAUUGGCCUAUGGUCGAAGAUAUGGUCUGGUUGGUCAAAACGGUAUUGGAAAAUCUACACUUUUACGAGCCCUGGCACGGAGAGAAUUGGCUAUCCCAACUCAUAUCUCCAUUCUGCACGUCGAACAAGAGAUCACUGGAGAUGAUACCCCAGCUUUACAAGCUGUAUUAGAUGCAGAUGUCUGGCGAAAGCAUCUGUUGGCCGAGAAUGUCAAAAUCACUAAACAACUAGCAACCAUGGAGGCAGAACGUGCCUCCAUGGCCGACACAUCAGCAGAUGCCGAAAGGCUAGAUCGGGAACGUGAAGGUCUUGAUCAAACCCUCGGAGACGUUCAAUCCAAACUUGCAGAGAUGGAGUCCGACAAAGCAGAAUCUCGAGCAGCUACCAUUCUCGCUGGUCUUGGUUUCUCCCCUGAACGCCAACAAUUCCCUACCAAGACCUUCUCUGGAGGUUGGCGUAUGCGUCUAGCCCUAGCACGAGCGCUAUUCUGCGAGCCUGAUCUUCUCCUACUCGAUGAACCUUCCAACAUGUUGGACGUUCCCUCCGUGACUUUCUUGGGCACCUAUCUGCAAUCUUACCCUAGCACCGUCCUUGUCGUCUCCCACGACAGAGCCUUCCUCAAUGAAGUAGCAACCGACAUCAUACAUCAGCACUCAGAGCGACUAGAUUACUACAAAGGUGCAAACUUCGAAUCUUUCUAUGCUACCAAGGAAGAACGCCGCAAGACCGCAAAACGCGAGUACGAGAACCAGAUGGUGCAGCGCCAGCAUUUGCAGACAUUUAUCGACAAAUUCCGUUACAACGCCGCGAAAUCAUCCGAGGCACAAUCCCGCAUCAAGAAGUUGGAGAAGAUGCCCGUAUUAGAAGCACCAGAGUCAGAAUACACAGUACACUUCAAGUUCCCCGACGUCGAGAAACUUUCUCCGCCCAUCGUGCAGAUGUCAGACGUUUGCUUUGGAUACACGAAAGACAAGCCUCUACUCCGCAAUGUAGAUCUAGACGUGCAACUAGACUCCCGUAUCGGAAUCGUUGGCCCCAACGGUGCAGGAAAAACCACAGUUCUGAAGCUACUUAUUGGGAAACUAUCUCCUACAUCCGGUCUUAUCUCGCAAAACCCCAGGUUACGAAUUGGUUUCUUCGCACAGCAUCACGUCGAUGCUCUCGAUCUCACAACUUCAGCAGUAGGUUUCAUGGCCAAGACCUACCCAGGAAAACAAGACGAAGAAUACCGUCGCCACUUGGGCGCAUUCGGCAUAACCGGCAUGACGGGCCUCCAAAAAAUGGAACUACUGUCCGGAGGUCAAAAAUCCCGCGUAGCAUUCGCCUGCCUCUCUCUCCAAAACCCACACAUUCUCGUCCUCGACGAACCGUCAAAUCAUUUAGAUAUCGAAGCUAUGGACGCUCUGAGCACAGCACUGGCGGCGUUCAAGGGCGGUGUGUUGAUGGUCAGUCACGAUGUGACUAUGUUACAGACUGUGUGUAAGAGUCUCUGGGUUUGUGAUCAUGGGACCGUGGAGAAGUUUCCAGGCGAUGUGCAGGCGUAUAAGAAGAGGAUUACGGAGCAGGCGGAUGCUAGUGGGGUUGUGCAGGCUCAUUAG